CUAGCAUCACCUACCGCUAGCCUUGUUUACGUUUCACAUUUCUCACUUACCGCUGUUCUGUUUUUUAAAAAAACAAACAAACAAAUAUGUCUGCUGUCUCUCCGGUUUUGAGUGCAGAUGAGGACUCGCUUGAGCUUCACAUGGUGCGGCUGGAACUGGAGGAUGUGGAGAAGCAGAUCCGCGGCCUACUCGACAAGCAGGCCCAGCUGCUGGAGCGACAAACUGCGCUGGAAACAUCUUGUGCCUCUGCUCACAUAUCCAAGGUAAGCACACAGCGUGGUAUUUCCACUCCCAGCCCCUCUACGCCGUGUGUUUCUCUGUGCAGGGACCGUGCACCUAGGACUUUCCCAGCCGUGGUCUCCGUAACGCCAGCGCCAACACACCUCGGGCCUUGGGUAAACCAGCGGCGAAAGGCGCGGGCUGGACCUUCUCCACCUCCAGUGUUCGAGAUUCCAACCAGGAACCGCUUCGCCCCUCUCCGCCAGACCAGACCCAACACUGUGAUCGUCGGGGACUCCAUUGUGCGGAACGUCCGUGUAGCCUCAUCUAAAGGUAAGGUGCGCACACACUGUUUUUCUGGUGCUUGUGUCCUUGAUGUCGCUGCGCAGGUAUCCGGGAUCCUGAAGAAAGACGAGCGCAUUGGAGCGGUUGUGCUGCACGCGGGGACGAACGACACCAGGCUGCGGCAGACGGAGGUGCUGAAGAGGGACUUCUCCAGCCUGAUCGAGACGGUACGAGGCAGAUCACCUACCGCGAAGAUCAUCGUCUCUGGACCUCUUCCCACAUACAGACGUGGAGCAGAAAAGUUGUUUCGUCCUGAUGGCCUGCACCCCAGCAGCCUUGGAGCGGAACUGCUUUCAGACAACAUUUCCAAGGCGCUACACUCCAAGUGACUGCCUAUCGUAAGUACAUCUUCCAAUAAUAACAUUCAGUAUAAUCAAUGUUCAACUAAAAAUUCGGAAAAGGUAAUACAUACUAUAGAGACUGUGUCUGUUCCCCGAGCUAUUCAAAUAUAUAGAAAAUCUCGGAAAGUCGAUCUUCGUAACCUAAUUAACAUAAAAUUAAAUCAUAUUGAAUGCACAGCCAGCACUUUUGAUCUGAGGCUAGGACUAUUAAACAUUAGAUCUCUUGCGUCUAAGGCUCUUAUUGUUAACGACAUCAUUACUGAUCAGGAAUGUAAUUUAAUGUGAGAUCGUGACA